UCUUAACCACCGAACUACAUGUUCUUAUCAGUAGCUUAAAAAUAGGCUGAUUUGGAGAAUGUCAUCGACAGAAGCAUUGCUUAUACGGCUUAUUGUGCGGUUUCGAAAUAGGUAACAGGCCCUUUUCAACAGUCCCUAUGGGAGGAGCUUUAUAAGCGACAAAGGCGUUCUUGCUGAAAGUGAAUAGUGUCACUGACAGUACUUCUGAAUACCCUUGUUUAUCAGAAAGCGGAUACUUUUUAAACUUUUUAAAUAGUUUGUUUUGCGGGAGUUACACUCGGACUGAUUCGACCCAAUUAAAGCAUCGUUAUCCAAGCGAUCUGAAGUCGUCUUCAAUAACUUGUGCGGCGAUACAGAGCUUGAACAUUAAAAAUGACCAGACCUCGGCCCAGACUAUGUGUGCUAGAAAAAGGAUCAGACGGCUACGGUUUCCAUCUUCAUGGAGAGAAGGGCAAGUCGGGGCAGUUCAUCCGCCUCGUAGAACCGGACUCGCCGGCCGAAGCGUCGGGUCUUCGCGCAGGGGACCGGCUGGUGUUCGUCAACGGGGAGCGUGUGGAAGGGGAAAGCCACCAGCAGGUCGUGUCGCGCAUACGAACCACCGUGGGAAAGCUGGAGCUCAUCGUGGUGGACCAGGAGACGGAGGAUGUGCUGAAGGAACAGAACUUGAAGUGCAUGAAGGAGUAUGUUACGGAAGGCAUCCCCAUUCCGAGCGAUGAAGCCGCAAAUGACGGCGGGGUAGAGGAGGGUGACAUCGCCGAGGAACCUGCACCCACCCCGGAGCCGGAGGAGAACGGCGCGGUCCUUCUGGAAAAGAAACUCAGCAUCAGCUCUGAUCAGGACACCCAACAGGAGCUCCGACCUCGACUCUGUGUCAUCGUGAAGGGGGCCACGGGCUACGGGUUCAACCUGCACAGCGAGAGGUCCAAGCCGGGCCAAUACAUCAGGGCCGUGGACGAGGACUCGCCCGCCCAGAGGUCUGGCCUUCGACCAAAGGACAGGAUUGUACAGGUCAACGGUGAUCCCGUGGAUGGGAAGCAGCAUGGCGACGUGGUGGAAGCCAUCAGAUCCGGCGGUGAGGAGACAGCCCUGCUCGUGGUGGACCCAGAGACGGACGCCUUCUUCAAGAGGUGCCAGGUGACCCCUACAGAGGGGCACCUCACAGGCCCUUUGCCCGAACCCAUUGCCAAUGGAGGUUUGGAGAAUAAGAUCAACAACGACGAGACCGAAGAAGCGAAUUCGGACGAGGGCAAGGUAUCCGUCAGCCCCGCCCUCUCAAGCUCCUCGUCCGAAGCCUCUCUCUCAGCCCCGCCCACCACUCCGCCCUCAGAGGCUACGGAGGCCCCCCCCGAGGAGGCGGAGCUGAGUGCAGGCAAGUCCCUACAACUGGCCCGUGAGCGAGCACAUCAGAAGCGCAGGAAGGCGCCCCCUAUGGACUGGAGCAAGAAGCACGAGCUCUUUCACAAUCUGUAGAACCACCCCCACACAGACACACACACGUAUGCUGGACAGAUGACCUUUUUGUUAUCUACAACUGUAGGUUUGUCUUUUAUUGAAACCUCUCAUCAAUCAAAUUAGGGACAGCUGCUCUGAAUGAAGAUUCAUACAAAACUUUUGAGAAAAGCAGUACAAUAAGUACAAUUAACUAUACUGAGUACACAAGCCCCCACCAUCUUCCACCCCCUUACCCAGGGGUUUCAACAUCAGGCUUGGGGGGGUUACAGUGUUUCGGCAGCCUUUUCAAAAGCAAAGCUAUUCUGGUAUUUUGAAAUCUUGCCAAAUUUGAGGGGGGGGGGGGGGACGGCGUAUUUUAUAAUGGGGGACCACCACCCCCGCAGCAAAUUUUUUUGCUAGAAUUUAAAAAUGCUGUGAUAUUACCGUAAUACCCCCCCCCAGGCUAUUUCAGUACACAUUCCAGGCUUAUUUGAACCGUCUUCUUGCAUCUAUCACUCGAUGUAUAAACUGAGCAUAAGUCAGAGGAAAAUUAGGCAGGAUGUGGUGAGACAGAGUGUGGGAGCGACGAACAAAGCAGCCUGUUUCAUAGCUGCUGUUCAGGGCCUGGUGGCGUGUCUGCGUGCGUGUCUGCAUGCGUGUCUGCAUGCGUGUCCAUGCGUGUCUGCGUGCGUGUCCAUGCGUGUCUGCGUGCGUGUCCAUGCGUGUCUGCCUGCGUGUCCAUGCGUGUCUGCAUGCGUGUCCAUGCGUGCGUGUGCAUUACGCUUCUUACAUACAUGGGGGAACUGGAUGGGCAGAUAGAGUGAGUGUGACACAGUGUGCCUUGAUGUGGUCAGACUAAUCUCUCCUGUACAAAGAAACAUCUUACUAUUUGAUUGUUUGAGUCAAAUGGCAGAUGUUGUGUGUGUGUGUAUGAUUGGAGUGAACAUGUAGCUAUUACAAGCCAGGAGGCACACACACACACACACACGCGCGCGCGUGGUAGACUGAGUAGUCUUGUGAUUCAGGCACCUGUAAUUUAACUGUAAUUAAGGUUUUAAAAACUAUUAUUCUUUACCUUGUGCUUUGCUGGUUAGUUUUUGGUCCGUAUGAUUCCAAACCAAACCCCUUCCCUCAAUGUGGCCGGAAUGAACUUUCGCCAUAUUAGUGCUUCCAGAAAUAAACCUGCUCCAAAUGCAGCGUCUCCUCCACAGACCCUUCAUGUCAUUAUUGAUUUAUUUAACAUCCGCUUCCCUUCUUUUGCCGCUCAUAUCGACGCGUCACAUGUCAUCUGUAUCUUAAGUAGGACACAGGUAGGACUGCUCACGGAAGUGCACCCCCUUCGGUUGUCAGGGAAACCUUGAGCCACGCGUGGCACCCUCUCAACACACCGCUUGUGUGCUCAUCCACGGAAUGGGCUGCUUUUCUAAAAUAAAAAUAUUGUUUCUGCA